UUGGGGAAGAUGGCGGCGGCCGGGAGCACCCUUCCCUUCUUGCCGCCAGGGACUUCAGACUGAGCCUUCUCGGGAAGAGUGGGGACUGCUGGUGCCCUGCCUCCUGGGAGCCCCAACUACCUUGAUUCCCCCGUUAGUGGUGGGGAAGAGCUUCUCCAGUUGUGCAGGACUCAGGCCUUCCCCACUGUCAGGAUGAAGGCUCUGGGGGAAACCGAGGAGUCGGAAAAGCUGAGUAAGAUGAGUUCUCUCUUGGAACGGCUCCAUGCAAAAUUUAACCAAAACAGGCCUUGGAGUGAAACCAUUAAGCUUGUGCGUCAAGUCAUGGUGAGGAUUGUGGAGAAGAGGGUUGUGAUGAGUUCUGGAGGGCACCAACAUUUGGUCAGCUGUUUGGAGACAUUGCAAAAAGCUCUCAAAGUAACAUCUUUACCCGCAAUGACUGAUCGUUUGGAGUCUAUAGCAAGACAAAAUGGACUGGGCUCUCAUCUCAGUGCCAGUGGCACUGAAUGUUACAUCACGUCAGAUAUGUUCUAUGUGGAAGUGCAGUUAGAUCCUGCAGGACAGCUUUGUGAUGUAAAAGUGGCUCACCAUGGGGAGAAUCCUAUGAGCUGUCCAGAGCUUGUACAGCAGCUAAGGGAAAAAAAUUUUGAUGAAUUUUCUAAGCACCUUAAGGGUCUUGUUAAUCUUUAUAACCUUCCAGGAGACAACAAACUGAAAACUAAAAUGUACUUGGCUCUCCAAUCCUUAGAACAGGAUCUAUCUAAAAUGGCAGUCAUGUAUUGGAAAGCAACCAAUGCUGGUCCCUUAGAUAAGAUUCUUCAUGGAAGUGUUGGCUAUCUCACGCCAAGAAGUGGGGGUCAUUUAAUGAAUUUGAAGUACUAUGCCUCUCCUUCUGACCUGCUGGAUGAUAAGACUACAUCUCCCAUCAUUUUGCAUGAGAAUAAUGUUCCUCGAUCUUUGGGCAUGAAUGCAUCAGUGACAAUUGAAGGAACAUCUGCUAUGUAUAAACUCCCAAUUGCACCAUUAAUUAUGGGGUCACACCCAGUUGACAACAAAUGGACCCCAUCUUUUUCCUCAAUCACCAGUGCCAAUAGUGUUGAUCUUCCUGCGUGUUUCUUCUUGAAAUUUCCCCAGCCAAUCCCAGUAUCUAGAGCAUUUGUUCAGAAAAUUCAGAAUUGCACAGGAAUUCCAUUGUUUGAAACUCAACCAACAUAUAUACCCCUCUAUGAACUGAUCACUCAGUUUGAGCUGUCAAAGGACCCUGACCCCAUACCUUUGAAACACAACAUGCGAUUUUAUGCUGCUCUUCCAGGUCAGCAGCACUGCUAUUUCCUUAACAAGGAUGCUCCUCUUCCAGAUGGCAGAAGUCUACAGGGAACCCUUGUUAGCAAAAUCACCUUUCAGCACCCUGGCCGGGUUCCUCUUAUCCUAAAUCUAAUCAGACACCAAGUGGCCUAUAAUACCCUAAUUGGAAGCUGUGUCAAAAGAACUAUUCUGAAAGAAGAUUCUCCUGGGCUCCUUCAAUUUGAAGUGUGUCCCCUCUCAGAGUCCCGCUUCAGUGUAUCUUUUCAACACCCUGUGAAUGACUCCCUGGUGUGUGUGGUAAUGGAUGUGCAGGACUCAACACAUGUGAGCUGUAAACUCUACAAGGGGCUGUCAGAUGCACUCAUCUGCACAGAUGACUUCAUUGCCAAAGUUGUUCAAAGAUGUAUGUCCAUCCCUGUGACGAUGAGGGCUAUUCGGAGGAAGGCUGAAACCAUUCAGGCUGACACCCCAGCACUGUCCCUCAUUGCAGAGACAGUUGAAGACAUGGUGAAAAAGAACCUGCCCCCGGCUAGCAGCCCAGGGUAUGGCAUGACCACAGGCAACAACCCAAUGAGUGGUACCACUACACCAACCAACACCUUUCCGGGGGGUCCCAUUACCACCUUGUUUAAUAUGAGCAUGAGCAUCAAAGAUCGGCAUGAGUCGGUGGGCCAUGGGGAGGACUUCAGCAAGGUGUCUCAGAACCCAAUUCUUACCAGUUUGUUGCAAAUCACAGGGAACGGGGGGUCUACCAUUGGCUCGAGUCCGACCCCUCCUCAUCACACGCCGCCACCUGUCUCUUCGAUGGCCGGCAACACCAAGAAUCACCCGAUGCUCAUGAACCUUCUUAAAGAUAAUCCUGCCCAGGAUUUUUCAACCCUUUAUGGAUGCAGUCCUUUAGAAAGGCAGAACUCCUCUUCCGGCUCACCCCGGAUGGAAAUGUGCUCGGGAAGCAACAAGACAAAGAAGAAGAAGUCAUCAAGAUUACUACCUGAAAAACCCAAGCACCAGACUGAAGAUGACUUUCAGAGGGAGCUAUUUUCAAUGGAUGUUGACUCUCAAAACCCUAUCUUUGAUGUCAAUAUGACAGCUGACACGCUGGAUACACCACACAUCACUCCAGCUCCAAGCCAGUGUAGUACUCCCCCAACAACUUACCCACAACCAGUACCUCACCCCCAACCCAGUAUUCAAAGGAUGGUCCGACUAUCCAGUUCAGACAGCAUUGGCCCAGAUGUAACUGAUAUCCUUUCAGACAUUGCAGAAGAAGCCUCUAAGCUUCCCAGCACUAGUGACGAUUGCCCACCCAUUGGCACCCCUAUUCGAGAUUCUUCAAGCUCUGGGCAUUCUCAGAGUGCCCUCUUUGACCCUGAUGUCUUUCAAACUAAUAAUAAUGAAAAUCCAUACACUGAUCCAGCUGACCUUAUUGCAGAUGCUGCUGGAAGCCCUAGUAGUGACUCUCCUACCAAUCAUUUUUUUCCUGAGGGAGUAGAUUUCAAUCCUGAUUUGUUGAACAGCCAGAGCCAAAGUGGUUUUGGAGAAGAAUACUUUGAUGAGAGCAGCCAAAGUGGAGAUAAUGAUGAUUUCAAAGGAUUUACAUCUCAGGCACUAAAUACUUUGGGGGUACCAAUGCUCGGAGGAGAUAAUGGGGAGACUAAGUUUAAAGGCAAUAGCCAAGCUGACACAGUUGAUUUCAGUAUUAUAGCAGUGGCUGGUAAGGCUUUGGGUUCUGCAGAUCUUAUGGAGCAUCACAGUGGUAGCCAGAGUCCUUUAUUGACCACGGGAGACUUAGGGAAAGAGAAGACUCAAAAGAGAGUCAAGGAAGGCAAUGGCACCAGUAAUAGUCUGUCAGGGCCAGGAUUAGAUAGCAAACCAGGAAAGCGCAGUCGGACCCCUUCUAAUGAUGGCAAAAGCAAAGAUAAGCCUCCAAAGCGGAAGAAGGCAGACACUGAGGGAAAGUCUCCAUCUCACAGUUCUAACCGACCUUUCACCCCACCUACAAGUACAGGUGGAUCCAAAUCUCCAGGCAGUUCAGGAAGAUCUCAGACUCCCCCAGGUGUUGCCACACCACCCAUUCCCAAGAUCACUAUUCAGAUUCCUAAGGGAACCGUGAUGGUGGGCAAGCCCUCUUCUCACAGUCAGUAUACUAGCAGUGGUUCUGUGUCUUCCUCAGGCAGUAAAAGUCACCAUAGCCAUUCUUCCUCCUCUUCCUCAUCUGCUUCCAACUCAGGCAAGAUGAAAAGCAGUAAAUCAGAAAGUUCAUCAAGUUCCAAGUUAAGUAGCAGUAUAUAUUCUAGUCAAGGGUCUUCUGGGUCUAGCCAGUCCAAAAAUUCAUCCCAGUCUAGUGGAAAGCCAGGCUCCUCUCCCAUUACCAAGCAUGGGCUGAGCAGUGGCUCUAGUAGCACCAAGAUGAAACUUCAAGGGAAGCCAUCAUCACUUAUGAAUCCUUUAAGUAAACCAAACAUAUCCCCUUCUCAUUCAAGGCCACCGGGAGGCUCUGAUAAGCUUGCCUCUCCAAUGAAAUCUGUUCCUGGGACUCCCCCAUCCUCUAAAGCCAAGUCCCCUAUCAGUUCAGGUUCUAGUGGUUCUCAUAUGUCUGGAACUGGUUCAAGCACUGGCAUGAAGUCUUCUUCAGGGUUAGGAUCCUCAGGCUCUUUGAAAACUCCCCCAUCAUCUAAUUCUUGUACAGCAUCUUCUUCUUCCUUUUCCUCAAGUGGCUCUUCCAUGUCAUCCUCUCAGAACCAGCAUGGGAGUUCCAAAGGGAAAUCUCCCAGCAGAAAUAAGAAGCCGUCCUUAACAGCUGUCAUAGAUAAACUGAAGCAUGGGGUUGUCACCAGUGGCCCUGGAGGUGAAGACCCAAUGGAUGGCCAGGUGGGGGUGAGCACAAAUUCUAGCCAUCCUAUGUCCUCCAAACAUAACAUGUCAGGAGGAGAGUUUCAGGGCAAGCGUGAGAAAAGUGAUAAAGAUAAAUCAAAGGUUUCCACCUCGGGGGGCUCAGUGGAUUCAUCUAAGAAGACUUCAGAGUCAAAAAAUGUGGGGAGCACAGGUGUGGCAAAAAUUAUCAUCAGCAAGCAUGAUGGGGGUUCCCCUAGCAUUAAAGCCAAAGUGACUUUGCAGAAACCUGGGGAAAGUAGUGGAGAAGGGCUCAGGCCUCAGAUGGCCUCUUCCAAAAACUAUGGCUCUCCACUCAUCAGUGGUUCCACUCCAAAGCAUGAGCGUGGCUCUCCCAGCCAUAGUAAAUCACCAGCAUAUACCCCUCAGAAUCUGGAUAGUGAAAGUGAGUCAGGCUCCUCCAUAGCAGAGAAAUCUUAUCAGAACAGUCCCUGCUCAGAUGAUGGUAUCCGACCACUUCCAGAGUACAGCACAGAGAAGCAUAAGAAGCACAAAAAAGAAAAGAAGAAAGUAAAAGACAAAGAUCGGGAUCGGGACAAAGACCGAGACAAGAAAAAAUCUCAUAGCAUCAAGCCAGAGAGUUGGUCUAAAUCACCCAUCUCUUCAGACCAGUCCUUGUCGAUGACAAGUAACACAAUCUUAUCUACCGAUAGGCCCUCAAGGCUCAGCCCUGACUUUAUGAUUGGGGAGGAAGAUGAUGAUCUUAUGGAUGUGGCCCUGAUUGGCAAUUAGGAACCUUACUUUUUAAGACAAAAAACAUGGCCAGAGAGAAACUAAUAAGUUUAUAGGCAAACCACCAUCAGGGGUGAGUCGGACAGGUGGUGUUUUAAGAAUGUUAAAUGACAUAUCCUUGAUACUGAGCUGGGUGAAUUUAGAAAAGCAUAGCCAGACCCUACUAAAAAGACCAUGGGUUUGAUUAUUAAGAAUCACUGUUCCUUUGCCAGGAAAAAAAGUUAAAAUACUUGCUUAUAAAAGGGA